AUGGAGAGGAUGUGUGAAAGGGAAUUAAGGGGGUCGGCGCUAAUGAACUUACCACUACACGACAAGCAAUACGCCUACAGUCUAGGCAAAUCAACAGAAUCGGCACUUCAUCAGGUAAUUACAAAGAUUGAAGAGGCCAUCCAAAACAAAGAAAUAUGUCUAGGUUCCUUCAUAGAUAUAGAAGGUGCUUUUGACAGAACAAAAAAUUUCUCCAGCAUAAAAGGUGCACUCAGUAGACAUAAAGUUGAACCGGCACUGAUCGACUGGAUAGUUUGCAUGCUCAGUACACGAAUAAUAAAGAUUGCUGGUGAAUCUCAACCAAUCCAAAUUAAGAAAGGCUGCCCGCAGGGUCGGGUUCUCUCACUCUCCUGUGGAAUAUGGUCAUUAAUGAACUCAUCAGCAAAUUAA